AUGUUUGGUAAUGGGGUUAAAAGUGGUGAAUUAAAUUUCUCUCAAAGGGUUGCUUACGGUUUGGGACAUUUCAUGAACGAUGUUUGCAGUGGAAUGUGGUUUACUUAUACAUUAUUAUUUUACGAAUUGGUUUUGAAAAUGCCAUCUUCCAUUGCCGGAUUACUCGUGUGCGUUGGUCAAGUUGCUGACGCGAUUGCUUCUCCCAUUUGCGGAAUUUUGAUAGAUAGAUACGGAACGAGAAAAUCAUGGCAUUUGAUUGGUACAGCUUUUAUAACCUACAGUUUCGUAUUGAUAUAUUCGGAUUGUCCUUGGUUUCCCAACACUGUUAUGGUCGUUGGAAAUUCGACGACGGACGAUGAUUUACCGUCGUGGCAAAAUUACAAUCAAAUCGACAUAAUUACCGGAACGAUAUAUUUUUGUUUUCUUGUAUCGAUUUUUCAAUGGGGUUGGGCGACCGUUCAAAUAGCACAUUUGGCCAUAAUAACGGAUUUGGCCAAAGAUAAAAACGAAAGAGCGAAUUUGACUGCUCUACGGUACAGCGCGGGGGUUUUGGCUUACAUGCUCGUAUAUCUCAUAACGUGGUUUAUAUUGCACGUGACAAAAAAUGACAAGGGUUCUAUAGGUCCAAACGAUGCAUACAAAUUCAGGUCCAUUGCCUUAUUGGGACUCACAAUCGGCGGAAUUUUCACAGUUUUAUUUCACGUCAUAUUAAAAACUCCCAGCGAUUCCGGAGGAGGUUCGGAUAAUAAAACGAAAAAGGGUCCCACGUCCUGGUCUCAAAUAGCUAAGGAUUAUUUCAAAUCGAUUUUGUUAUAUCAGGUCAUAUUGAUUUAUUUCACGAGUAGAAUGUUGGUAAACAUAACAAUGGUUUACUUACCCUUGUACGUCGUUGAAAAAAUCGGUGACGAAGUCGAAUACAUAGCAACGGUUCCGUUAAUUUGUUACCUGGCAUCCUUUUUCUCAUCUUUAAUCGUUAGGCAAUGCAGAAAAUUUAUCAGCAGCAAAAUGUUUUACAUCAUAGGAAUGAUUUUAAGUUUUUGCGGAUGUAUUUGGAUACUUAGAGAUUUUACUCACACUGCAGAAAUUUUUGGAAUUGCUGCACUGUUAGGAGCUGCAGGGUCUGUAUCGGGCGUGGCAAGUCUUUGCUUGUGUGCUGAUAUGAUUGGAACCGAUACAGUUAAUGGAGCUUUUGUUUAUAGCAUCGUAACCGCGGGGGAUAAAUUUUUAGGAGGUUUAGCCAUUUUAUUUAUUGAACAUUCUAAAACCGCAUUGUUUUCGGAUCCGAAUUUAUAUUAUCAAAAUGUUAUGGUUUACGGAUGCGGAAUACCGUCCAUAUUGGGUUUGAUUGCUUUGUUGACCAUGUACAUAGACGUAUACAAAUCGAAAAUUGUUAUCAAACAAAAUGGAGAAUCGUCAUCGUCGUGA